UCUGCAGUGCAACAAUGGCCAGCCAUUGUUACUUGGUUCCCUUCCUGUUCGCCAUUUAUCAAUAAAGGGCACCGUGAAUGUUACCAUGAAGACCAAACGGCAAUGCUUUUCUAAUGGAGUAUCCGAGGUAAACUUUUAUGGUGGCAUUAAGCUGGCAGGCAGCCCAUUCACGUUCUUCCACAAUCGUAACAAAUUUGUAGUUCUUGGCUGCAAUAUAACUGCUUUGAUUGAUAACAACCGGGAGUAUCGGAGGGCGUGUUUAUCUUUCUGCCGGGGAUACCCUCCCUCUGCCGCACCAGGGUUUUGCACCACCUCCCUCCCGAAGCAACUCAAGACUUUGAAUAUCACACUCUUCAGCAUCGACCCCUCCUCGGAUCCCAAGCAUAAAUUUUGCCUACACGCUUUUGUGGCCGCCAAAUCUACUUAUCGUAUUUCGGAAAUAAAUCUCUCCAAGCAUCCUGUAACUACACAAGUGACACUUCAAUGGGUUGUAGGAGAAGAAAAGUGCGAAGCCUCUGGAAACAGAUCAGGAACAUAUGCAUGUGGCAAAAACACUGAGUGCCAGAGCUCCACCAAUGGCCCCGGAUAUCGAUGCAUAUGCAAACAAGGCUUUCAGGGAAACCCCUAUCUUCCCGGAGGUUGCCAAGACAUUGACGAGUGUGACGAUCCAAGUGGAUAUCCGUGUGACGGAUUCUGCCAGAAUACAGCUGGAGAGUACACUUGUAGAAGGUCUGAUGAAAGUGAAGUGAAUAGCCGAAGACAUGGCGUUGCCAUUUUGGCAUUAGCUAUAAUCUUAAGCAUUGGAUUCUUGUUGUUAAUUGCUGGAAUUUACUGGUUGAAUGCGCUCGUGAAGGAAAGGAAGAUCAUUAAACUCAAGAAGAAGUUAUUUAAGCGCAAUGGAGGUUUGUUAUUACAGCAACAAAUCUCCUCAGACAAAGGCAAACUUGAGAAACUAAAAAUUUUCUCCUCCGAGGAGUUAGAGAAGGCAACUGAUUACUAUAAUGAGAACCGCAUCCUUGGGAAAGGAGGCCAAGGUAUAGUUUAUAAAGGAAUGUUACCCGAUGGAAGCGUUGUAGCCGUUAAGAAGUCUAAAAAGAUGGAUAAAGCUCAAAUUGAACGCUUCGUAAAUGAGGUGGUCAUACUUUCCCAGAUCAAUCACAGAAAUGUGGUUAAACUGUUAGGUUGUUGUUUAGAAACUGAGGUUCCACUGCUGGUGUAUGAGUGCGUCUCAAAUGGAACCCUUUCUAACCAUAUCCAUGAUCAGAUGGAGGAGUCUCCAAUGAAAUUGUCGGAUCGGUUAAGAGUUGCUAAGGAAGUUGCAGGGGCACUGGCCUACAUGCAUUCAGCUGCUGAUGUGCCAAUCUAUCAUAGAGACAUCAAGUCGAGUAACAUACUCUUGGAUGGGAAAUAUAGAGCAAAGUUGUCCGAUUUCGGGAUUUCCAGGUCUGUUCCAACAGAAAAAUCUCACUUAACCACAAGUGUGCGGGGGACGUUUGGGUAUUUGGAUCCAGAGUACUUUCAGUCAAGCCAAUAUACAGAAAAGAGUGAUGUUUAUAGCUUUGGAGUUGUUCUUGUUGAACUCUUGACAGGACAAAAGCCAAUUUCUGGUCUUAGAUCUGAAGAUAUGGGAUUAGCUGCACAUUUCAUAUGCUCAGCAAAGAAAAAUAGUCUCUUCGAUGUGUUGGAUCCGCAAGUUGUGAUGGAGGGAGAAAAAGAGGAGCUAGUAAUCUUGGCCAACCUCGCAAUGAGGUGCUUGAAGUUGAGUGGAAGGAAAAGGCCAACCAUGAAAGAAGUUUCUUGGGAGCUGGAAAAUCUGAAAAAGCUUCAAGGGCAUUUGCCUGUUGAACUAGACCAUCAAGAGGACGAUUACUACUUUGCGGAAUCGUCAAGAAGUUUGGAGCCCGGAGAUGAAUUGGAACUAGACAUGCAUCCAAGAUCGAAUGAAUAGCUCAUCAUCUUUUACCAACAAAAGUGAUUAAGAUUAAUUUGUAUGGAUUUCAUUUAAUUUGGAGAUGAUGUGACUGCACUUGUAACAUUAUAUAUGGUUGCUUCAUGCAACCAUACUAUGGUUGCUUCAAGAAACAUACUAUUUGUUUUUGUUUUUCUCGCCUAUUGAUGCAGUUGUGGUAGCUUUCGUUGCUUGUUAUAUUUGAAUGCUGUAUUUGGAAUAGAGGGAUA